AUGGAAGCAACCCCAGUUACAGUAUUUGGCGAAAUCAAUACGCGUCCUUCAAAACGACAGAAAACCGGGUUUGAAUCUUCGGCCACACCGAGUAGUGUUUUGUGUCCAGAAGAUACGACAUCACCACCGUCCAGCAAGUACGGUUCACCUGCAGUGAGCGACGGGGCGUCGGGGUCAUCGCUGGCGGAGAAACAUACCAACGAAGCGUUUUCGAAUCAUGAACUCAAGGCAGCGUCGUUCAUGUCGGCCUGGUCGCGGAUUCACACUUUGGCUCUGUCGGAGGAGUUGAGGUACACACCACCACCAUCGGAACUUCAUCGGUUUCUACCCGCCGGCUUGGAGGAACCGCCACCCUCCUCCUCUGCCAGCACAGCUGAGGAAAACUCAUUCCCCGCCUUUCCAACAAGUGAGAGUAACCCCCACCAAAGUUCACCUGACGAGGAAAAAAGGCCCUCUAUUGAUGAAUGCAGCCCACAUCAACGGCCAAAGCUUUUGCUCAAAAUUCCUCGGUCUCCUGAAAAAUCCACAGGCCAGCUGGGUGUCGAAAUCGAAAAUUUAGGGAGGGAAAAUCCAAUUCGGGAACCUCAACCCGAAUCAGAACCUCCACCCACCAAAAUUGCGAGCCAUGCUGGCAGCAAAAACUCCAUUGCUGCUGAGGAAAGGUUUCAACGGUUGUUGGCUAGAAUCUUGGAAGACAUUUCACCAUGUCAUUCGCUAGAUGAUGCUCUUCAGUCGAUCCUAACUGCAGAGCCAGCGUUUGGUAGGAAGCGGACACAGCGAGAGGACAUCUCGCUAACGCAACUCCCGCGGGUAUUCGAGGAAUAUUCCGAUGAUACCGUGGCAGACGUGCUUUUGAAGCGCGGUUUCCUUGCCGGCACAAUGGAGUACUACAAAGAUCGCUUUGAAGCAGCCAUUAGGGAGAGCCCAGUAACUCCGCUAAAGCUGCUACAAGUUGACGAGGCCUUGGGACAAGUUAAGUCCCCGAUGGACCCCUACAGAAAUCCGUUCACGAAUUGGGUCGAGGCCGUUAUCAGUACUAUCCACCAUAUACGGUUUACAGACGCAUGGAAAGAAGUGCGAACCACACGAGAGAAAAAGGCCCUCCAUGAAGAAGCUUUUGAAGCAAUUCACAGGUCGGAACUUGCCAACUGGGACAGAGAGGAGGGACGGCGAGAAGAGGAACUCAAACUCUGGACGAAGCAAUUUGAGAAAAUGACGAUAUCUCGAAAUCAAAUCGUCAAGUUGUACAAUACGUUCGGAGCCACUGUUCUUCUUGAGGCCAAUACGCUUCGGCCUGUUGAAGCAGGCGAUGCUACCGCCCGGACGAUAACCUUUGCGUUGUUGGCGAAGCAGUUCGGAGCGGUGUAUCGUACCAUACUGGCAGAGGAGGAGCAUCUGCUCGUUUUUCAGGCUACCUUCUGGGAAGACGGACUAGAAGCUGACAACUUGAAGGGAGAUGACCUGUAUAGGGACUGGGUUACGCGAAGCCAUCUGUCAGCCGGUGCAUUGGUUGUUUCUAUCGUCAAGGCAGUGGCAGGGGAGGCGACUGCCGCUUGGGUGUCAGAAUUCCUAAGCGAAUACACCCCGGAUGGAUUUGAAGAUGACGAGGAUAGCGAUAGUAGUGAGGAAUAA